AUGUCGACCAGGGCCCCAAUUACAACACCUCCGAUCGUCACCCCAGGCCCGCCCUCGGUGCCAAUCCCCUCCUCCUCCCAUGAAUCUGGACCAUAUCACACACCCAACGACCUCUCCCCGCUGAAUGCCGAUUUUAGCGCCUCAGAUUACUUCAUGGCCGAGGACGCGCGGGGCGCUGACCCCCGAACGACCAACGCCGCCACCACGGUGCAUGAUGAGAAUGAGAAGGACGAGCAGGAUGAACCGCCCGCUCCGACGGCUCAAUCGCACAUUGAGGAAGACAUUAGUCUCCUACCUCCCUUGGCCGAUCGCGAUGACAGCAGUUUGUUCUUGUCGAGUGAAAUUGGCGAUCGCGAACGCGUGAAUAACCAGACUUUGAUCGAGGAGCAUGAGAUGCGCCGUAAGCUGAUGGAUAUGGAGUCGAGUUUUCUACCGGAACCCUCGACUAUUGACGUCGCCACGACUGGCCGCACUGCAGGCGCAGACGAUACCUACCUGGUCGGAGUCGGAGGCUACGAUCCCGAUAUGACCCAGUCCUCAACUUUUUCGUUUAUUCCACCAUCCGAGAGCUACCAGGAAACCGAAGGAGACCACGAUGGUGGUGCUGAAGAGACGGAGAAUGUGACUGGCGCGACACACGCACAACACUCCGCUAAUGACACUAUGCUUGACUCGCUUACUUCGUCACCGUCGGCUGCGGCUAUGCUACGGAGUCUGCAGCGCGAUCAGCAAUCCGAGAAUCCUGGUGAAAAUAGCCUGCUAUCCCAAGAUGAACGACCCUUCAGAUCCCAACUCUCAAUCGCAGAAGGCGAGUCCCAGCUCACUCCCUCCAAGCUUCGACAUUCGUCCCGCAGCCUUUCGCCAGGACAGUCUAGGAUAUUCAGUGAUCAGAGCGGCAGCAUUGGUGGGAGCCGGAGAAGCGGUAGCCGACCGAAAUAUUUGACAAGUCGUCAAUCGGCACAGCGUCUUUCGCACUCUUCCAUUGCUAGCAAUACCACCGAAACAACUCACAGUGACGCGACUUUGGGUGCUGACUUUGCCCUUCAAUCGGGAGGCGCCGCCUCUGAGCAAUGGGGCGGCCUCAAUGCUGGUCAGCGCUCUCAUAUGACCCGGACAACUAGCCUGGGUAGUAUGGCCUCUGGGGUCUCGGGCUAUAGUGAAGAGAAUUCAUUGGACAGACGCAACAUCGGCGGUCCAAUUGAUGGAGGUCUGCAUACCCUGGAAGAAGAAAGCUCGCCCCAGUCAUCACGACAAGUAGCGGCUUUUGAUGAAGCCUCUGCGCCAAUGACACCAAAAGCCAAGCCUCGAGACACUAUCCCGACUGAUACAGCCAUCACAGAACGGGUCAAGGGAAUCCAGGUUCCUACAGCCUUUGUUCAAAGAUUCCGAGAUGACUUUGGUCACACUGGACCGUCACCUGAGAAACGACCUGGAGCUUCGACCCCUGCAUUUGGACGAAGUGGCCGCACGAUGACCCUCAAGGAACAAAGCAGCACGAUCGACCGACUCUCAAAGGAGAACUUUGAUCUCAAAAUGCGCAUUCAUUUCCUCAACGAGGCCUUGAACAAGCGAUCUGAGGAAGGAAUCAAGGAGAUGAUCUCAGAGAACGUGGAGCUUAAAUCGGACAAGCUGAAGCUGCAAAAGGAUAACCAGGGUCUGAAGCGCAAGGUUCGGGAUUUGGAGAAGCAGCUGAAGGAUCAGCAAUCUGACAAGGACUCUAUGGUUAACCACGACCCUGAAGCGUCGGAAGACGAUCGUGACUCGGCUCACGAUGAGGAGCUUAUCUUCUUGCGGGAGCGAGUUGAGACUUAUGAGCUUGAGAUUGAGCGGAUGCGGUCUGAGAAUAUUGCUCGCGAGGGUGAGAAGCGGCGCUUGGCUGAGAUGGUGAAGUCUCUCAGUGAGAACCGAACUACAGAGUCCGAGGCGGGUGCUAGAGAAGAGAGGGACAUGUGGAAAGACAUGUUGGAGGCUGAGACUGCUGCUCGCGAACAAGCUGAGGAAGAGAACCGCAGGCUACGGGAUGAGUCGAUUCGCCUCAAGAGUGAACUUUACACAACUACUAGCUCUUUGAAGCCGGGGCAGCGGGUCCGCAGCGGGUCUACUGUCUCGUAUGCAUCGGCAUCGGAUGGCCACCGUGGUGGUUUGAUGAGCACCUCCAGCAGCACUCUUAUGGUCGAACUUGAGCUCUUGAAGCAAGAGAACGCUGAGUUGAGGAAGGAAGUCAGCGCACAAACCUCGAUGCUUACAUCUCGUAACCGCGAGAAAGAGCGCCUCUACCAAGAGAUUGAGGAGCUCAAGCUCGGCCAGCGACGUGAUGGUAGCCGAUCCGUGGCUGGAGAUAGCAUUUUCGAUCGCUCGGCGUCUCGUGCUCAGAUGCGCACUGGCUCAGAGGUCAGUGACGGCACUGGGUCUCGGGAUAACAUGGAUCGCGAGGAGCUCGAAGCUCGAAACGGCCAGCUGCGUGACCAAGUGUCGACGCUCAAGCUGGAGAACCAAGCUAUUCGUGACCAAUUGGAAGACUACAUUCGUGAACUGGAGGCGCUUGACAAAGCUUACCAGGCCGACGUUGAUCAAGCCGAGGAAGAAAUGGCGAACCUCCAGCAUGAGCGAGACCAGGCUAUUCAAAUGGCCGAUGAGCGGGACGCUGCCUUCCAAGAUCUGCGUGCUGAGGCACAAGAGGAGCUUGAUACCCUUGGCGAGGAGCUUGAUCAGAAGAUCGUUGAGUGUCAGCGCAUGGGCGAAGAUUUACGAAACCAGGACGAGAGCCUGAGGGUCCUGCAGGCCGAGAUGCGCUCAGCCAGUGAGGGUAUCAUUCGCCUCGAGGAAGAUGCUCAGAAUAACUUGGAGCGGUACAAGGCUGUGCAGCUGGAGCUGGAAGAAACCAAUCGGGAGAUGGAGUCUCUGGAGAAGAGCCUCUUCGAAGCCAAUGCCAAGGUGCAGCGGCUGACGGUGCAGAUCGAGUCGAGCCAGAAUGAGAUUGCCUUCCUCCGAGAAGAGCAAGAUGGCGAUAAGAUCCGCAUUGGCGAUCUAGAGUCUGAGCUCAAGACGUACCAGAUGAGCCUGCAUAGUGAAAAGGAGAAGACUCGGGAGUUGGAGCAGCGGCUUGCGGACGAGCGGCACCAGCGUGAGGUAGUCGGAAGCAAGGAGAAGCAGGAGGUCCAGCGGAUCAUGAACGAACUCAACCGGGAAGCGUCAGCUGCUAAGGAAGAGGCCCGGCGGUUGAAGAAGAGCCUUUCUACCCAGGAGAUUGAGACUGCCACCUGGCGUGAGCGUCUCAUGGAUCUUGAGAACAACCUUCGUGAGACCUUGGGAGAUCUCAGUGGCAGCCGGUCUAGCCUGAUCACCAAUAUCAUGAAGCUGCAAAAGGAACUCGAGUCGACUGCGCUGGAGUUGGAGAGUGUUCGACAACAACUGGACGAGAAGGAGUCGCUUCUUCGGAAUCGCGAUGCCCUUUUGGAGAGUCACGGUCUAGAGUCCCGCAAGCUCUCUGAGCUUCUUGAGCGCGAGCGACAAGCUCGUCGAGCAGAUAAGCAGUCCUUUGAACAUGCCCUCAAGAACCACCAGCAGGCGUCGCGAACUAUUACCCAGAGCAACUCGCGGAUUACGGAUCUGGAGAAUGCUCGCAACUCGGAUCGGAAGCGGUUCACCUCGCUUGAGCAGCAGUUCCGAGACCAACUCAGCGAGCGCAAUGCUCUGUUCCUUACAAUCUGGAAGAGACUCUCGUCUAUUUGCGGUCCUGAUUGGGCACACUCGAACAGCCUUAUCAAUGGCAACCUGCCGAGUCAAGAGGUUAUUGGCAAUAUUCUCUUCUGGCCUGGGUUUAGCCGAAACCUGUUACUUGCCGUCAAGACUGUUGAAAGUGUGAUUUCAGGCUUCAAGACUCGCAUUAGGAGUAUUGAGCAUGACUUUACCAAGCAGUACCAGAAUCUGGAGAGUUCUUUCGGUCAACGAGUCCGUCGACUCGAGCGUGUCGAGGAGGCAGUCAAGAACCUGCGGAGUGGACGGGGAUUUUCCAGCUCGUCUUCUGAAGUUUCCAAGCUCCGGGGUGAAAACCGGCUGCUCAAGGCUGAGAUCAACCUGCUCCAGUCCAACACCCGGACUCAUGGAUCUGCAUCUGCAGCCGCCGCGGCCGUGAUGGCUUCUGGUCCACGAUCCCCAUCGCUUGCGUCUACAGCAGACCCCGAGCGCUCAUUGGCACGGCAUAACUCUACACCCGGUACUAGUGAGAAGCCGCGCUCCGAGCGAGGUCUCACGCGCAGUUCCACCGGUCUCCCACAGCCAUCGCACACCUCGUCCAGCAGCACACUCACCAAUAAUGCUGGUGCUAUGUUGCCUCGCUCACGCAGUGGAACAAGUGGCUGGGAGGGCAGCGAUGACAAGUGGAUUCACCGAUUGCACGAGUUGGAGAAACGGCUCAAGGCUGAGCGAGAAGGCCGUCUUCUAGACCGCAGCGGUGCCCGCAAGCGUCUGGAAGAGCGUGAUGCCGAGAACCAGCGUCUGCGCGAUCAACUUCAGCGAGAGCGGGUUCGACGAGGUCCCUCGGGCACUAUUAUGGAUAGUAGCCGUAGUCGAACGCAUACCACGGAUGAAGGGCCUACUAGCUCGAGUGAAGGGGAAGGUAUCACGGUGGAUAUUGAGGUGUGA